AGUGAGCGGAGAGCGAGCGAUCUGUCAGGAGGAGCCGCGAGAGUUCUGCGGUGUUCUGUGGUGCUGCAGACUGCAACAGCCGUAGUGAGUUUGUACUACAAUUCGGCACUGGUGGGACUUGGGAAGUUCGUGCUCGCUAAGGGCUCAGCCCUGACAUUUCUCCACCUAUGUGGAAAGCAGGCGAACUGCUCAGAUGCGGAGUUCUACAGUGGGACAGGCCGGGUGUUGCUGCCGUGAGUGAUGGAUUUGCUGCCGCCGCACUCGGGACAUCACCGGUCACGUCAGGGACUCUGGGACCUCCCUUGGCUGGCAGGGUGGCAGCGGGCGCGUGUGCGUCGUGGUCAGUGAUGGCAGCCUCGGUGCACCCCUGCUGCCCUACACCACUGCAGCCACGAGAGCGGAGACUCUCUGCCCAAGCCGAGCUAGGUGCUGGGGCACAUCCACGGCCACCCAGGCCACGCAGUCAUGCAGCAGCUGAGCAGCAAACUCCCGGUGAGCAACGACGCAGUGCAGUGGAGCGUCUGGAGGAGACCAAGGCGCAGUAUGUGAAGUCGGAGCGGGUGCUGGACAGCCGCCAGGGGCUGCGCAGUCGUCGUUCCGAAGGAGCCUCGUUUGAGCCGCCAUUGCUAGCGCGCUCGCCCUCGGCCUAUGAGCUCGUCGAGCGCCUAAGGGCCUCACCGCCGGCCGCACUAGCUUGCGCGAGCACCGUCGCUGAAACUCCGGCGAGCUCCAUCACCACCCAUGCGCGCCCGUGCAUUGUCAGAGACGCAGGCGAGGACGGCUACUCCGGCCCACCAGACUCGUCAAAGGCAACACCUCUCGUUCCGGCCCCUCGACCUUCCGAGCCGAAACUGCAGUCUAGGGGAGAGGUGGUCCCUUCUUCUCGGCGGCCCGUUCUACGGUCCAAGUCCGACGUGGCACACCGUAGCCAGCCGGAUUUGGGGCCGGUAGUUCGGGACGUGCAGCGGUCACUCCCCGACCGCUUCUUUGACACCCUGGGCUUGGAUGCAAGCACGUGGCACAGCGUCCUCUCGCCGUCAACGGGGUCCGGAUCGUCGCGCUACUUCGACAGCAUCAGCUCUGCGGACUCGGUGGGUAGGUCGUGCAGCCUGGCCGGCAGCGACACGUCUUCGGUCGGUGGCGGCUUUGGAUGUGCUGAAGGCGGUGCGGGCCUGCGCAACCGAGACCUGGUAGACCACGGUCCGGCUGAGACGUCCAUUGUGGAGAAGAACGCCAGGGUGAUCAAGUGGCUGUUCAAUUGCCGCAGGGCAGCCAUUAGCUCCUGACCACCGUCGCCAAAGAUUCAAGCUAGCGUUUGUCCCGGGGUAAUGCAUGCAGUGUCUUAUAGUUUUCCUGCAGUGUGGCUUUAAGGAAGGGAGUUUUAAGUACUUGCAGCCAUUGGUUUGGUAGCGUUCACAUUAAGGAGAGGUUGCCUUGGAUUAAGUACACUUGUUUUGUACAGUGUUUAAAAUAUCGCUUUAUUUUUUAGUCUAACAUUGUAUGAACAGUUUUCGCGUUCACAUAUUAAAAUGGGGCCUAUCAUAAAAUGAAUAGUUCGUGCAGCAGAGCCUCCGGUACUCACGGGUGAAGUGCUUAUGUUGUAACAUUGUAAGGACCAUAAUGUCAUCAACCCAAACUUAAUACUUCUGUCUUCUAUAAAAGAAAGAUAGAUUUGUUUUCGUUGUUGUUGAUUACUUUAAGCACAGUGUAUCUGUCUAUUUUAGUGUUGCACGUGCAUAUUUACUUUUGCUUGUAUAAUAUAUUAGUAGACGCUCAUGGUAGCAUAAUGAGAAGUUGGGCGUUGGUACAUCGAACAUUGAGACCCUUCUGAUUCUGAUCUCACUACAUCAUGCCAAAAAUCAGCCCACCGGAAGCAUACUUUAAAUUUUGUGGCACUUCAUUAUGCACCAACGUUGCUGUACAAUUCGGCUUGCUUCAUUUGUGCAAACCCCUGUAUUACUGAGCGUUUGGCAUACAUUCCAGGCCCAUAAGUACAAUCAUCGCCACAACAUAUCAGUCUACUCUGCUGUCACACUUCCGUUUCUGUCAACUUUUCUGUCCAAGUAAAGUGAGCUUUCGGUGUUUCGAUGGCAAACCAUUCUGAUAGCUCUGUUAUAGUAUGACGAGUUGCUAGGGGACACCACUCUCAACAAACACUUAAGAUUUGUUGUCAUUUUUAUAGCGCGAGUUUAAAGGCUUGAGGCCUUACGUUAUGGCAAGCACAGGUUCUAGUCACCUGCUUUGGUUUUUGGUGAGGACCAUUUUUCAGUCAUUUAAUUCCACAGUGUGGGUACACUAAGCCCUCGCUGCUCCUAGAUAUUUCUUCAGAACAUCUUCCGUCAUGUGCAUUGGCUUUCUCAAGAAGAUGCUUUAAACAAAUGAAAGAAAUGAAAAAAGUGAAAACCAGUAAGAAAAUGAGUUUGCCUUAUGUUUUUCUUACCCUACAUUCCUCUUUCCUUCUGCAAGUGUGCCAACUCUCCAAGCUUUCUAUUGUUUUGUAGACUCUUGCUACUUGUUGUCAGGAUGCCUUGCUUCCACUCUGAUGCUGAGGUACAUGAGAUUUUUCCCAUUUAUCUCCAGGGACUUUUUUAGCCUUUAAUCAUUCAAUACUUUCAUGAUGAAGUCUUUUCUUCCUACAAGUGCUAUGUGAAACUUGAAUGUGUGUUAAUUACAAGGAGCAAUAUUUUCAACACAUUUACACACACGGUUAUUAAUGUAAUAGAUUUCUUCAUAGUGUUUUUAACUAGUUUCUUUGAAGACACAAUUGCUUUUGAAGAAUCGAGGGUUAUGUUUAAUGAUGCACAUUUAACUAAUUUGUAGCUAAAGGGUACAUUUCUUAUACAAAGAAAAUAUUUGGCAAGGAUUCUGAAAGCUGCCUUCUUAUAAGGACCAAAUGGCCUGGUCAGUUUGGUUUUAAAAAAUAGAGCUGUAUAUAGUUUUACAUGUCAGCAUCAAGAUAUGAUUAUGAGGCACAUAGCAUUGAUGUUAAAUCCCUAAACAGAGGUUGUGUUGAGCCAACGUUUUCACUAGCGCACAUGUCUUCCUUGAGGCUAGAACAGAACAGUUCUGUUCUAGCCUCAAGGAAGACAUGUUCGCUUGUCGAAACGACGCCGCGACACCACCCCUGUUUACGGAUUUUUCAUUGCAAGCUUCCACCUUCCCCUUCCUACCGUUGUUUGGACAUAGCAAUGAUGAGGUUUCAAGUUAACUUUGGCAAUGUUGCCUUGGUGAAUGGCAGCAUCGGUUCUCGUUCGUUGUGGCAGGAAUACCAGAUUGUUUACUUAAUAGUUCUUAUCAGCUUCGUGGGGUACUAUCACGAAGCAACUGCUGCACAUAAUAUAGUACAGUCGACUCCCGUUAAUAUGAAGUUCUCGGGUAUCGCAAGAAACUUCUGAUUAAGCAAAGUGCAUGAAAAACUGCACUUUUAUUGCUUCAAACAUGACAGUUCUCUAAGAAAACAGUUUGUCAUCUUCUCCUGCCCAACCUGGCUGUGGCUAGCAAGUUUUCCAAGCACUACACAUGUCCAAGUGCUUCUUCAGCAUUGUCAACAAAAUAUAAAAACCGUAGCGCAAGAACAAGACCCCACAGCAGCGCGUAGACCUUGAUGGCGGCUCGUUUCUACGUCGUCGUCCACUAGCCGAACCAUCUGCACAAUUUUUGUGUUCAACAGCUAACAGCAUGUGUGGACGUUGCUGUUCAUGUCAACGAAUUUUUCAAAACAGUCAUCACUAAUAUGAGCUCCAAAACUACCAUCGUCGACAUCACCUAUUUGCACUUGAUGAAAUCUGAGAGCGAGUUAGGCUUAACGCCAUACCUUGUGCGAUAUCUUGCUUGGCAGUGCUUCCCUGGUCAACUUUUUUUCAAGGCUUUCGACUUUGGUCGUCAAGUCAAGCGUUAGGUAGGGACCGCGAGUUUCCAUUAUCCAAUGUCGCCACCAGAACACUCGAAAUCGGCUGUGGAAGCACGUGCGAAAUCAAGCAACACAGCCUUGGCGGGCUAUUUGGUGUAUCGCGCUUUGUUUGAACAGCGCAACUGGAUGCAGGCGGAGUGGAACACACUAAAACACACGCAGCGCUGUGUGUGUGUUUGUGCACUCUUUUCCGCCAGUGUCCAGUUGCACUGUUCUAACUUCAACCAGACUUCAAACCAGCGCGCGCACGACUGAAGCACUCGACACAUCACUAGUUAGCCAAUGCAAUCCACGCGAUGCCUCAGUGUUGACUAAACAAGAUGGACCGCUUCAUGAACCGUGGAGCUUCAGGCAGUGGGGAUGACAAACACAGCACGGUCCGACAGCUGUCCUGGCAGUCUUAGUACAUUAGUACAUGAAAAUUCUCAAUCUUAUUGAGAAAUUUUGUUUGCUUCGAGGCUUUCAAAUGAAUUCUGAUUAACCAACAGUAUGGGCUUGUAACUUCGAAUUAUCGAGUAUUUUUUCCUAUACGCGUGCGUGCAAAAUUGACUGGACCAGUUGUUGACUUCUAAUUAACCGAAAAUUCCACUUCGAAUUACUGACUUCGAUUAUCGGGAGUCAACUGUACACUGAUAAGCAAAUAGGCAAGCAGAAGGCAUGUGCAUAAAUAUUCUCUCUAAGUUGUCUGAAAGCACCCCAUUCACGACAAGCAACUUGCAGUUGGAA